CUAAGGGCAAAUCAGUGGAUUAAAAAUCUCCUAAAUAAUGGCUGUAGCUAGCUAGCACAGCAUAUACGACUUUAUAAACACCUGACCGCACAAGUAAAGUCCGUACAAAUUAUUUAAAGUAUAAUGUGCAAGUUUUGUGAGGUUUGACUUUGAUCCAGGAAUCACAGGCUGAUUUGGCCGAGUUGUUUUUUUUAGAGGAGACACUGCAAAAGAAACAUGUAUGAAAAUCUUCCUGCAGGAAUGUCUGCCACAGACAGGCAGCAGGUUGUGCAGGCGCUGGAAAGACUGCAGUCCAAGCUGAAAGAGAAGGGGGAUGUGACCCACUGUGAGAGACUGAGCAUGCUGAGAGACACCCUGAAGAGCCCGCUGCUCAGCCAAGUCCUCACCCUGCAGCACUCCUGCAAGCAGCUCAAGGACCAGUUUAACCGCAUGCCCCCGGAUCGAGCUGCUAAUUUUGACUUCUCCAGGAAGGGAUUGCUCAUAUUCAGUGCGGAUCGCCCCAGCCAGCAGACAGCGGGCAUUCCCAUUCCUGUGGGGCUCAAUGAUGACUUUGAGAGGAUUAUCCAGGGGAUGGCUAAGGGAAGACAGACGGAACGCAUCGUUCUGCAGAAACCUGUGACGGGAGGUCUGGGGUUCAGUGUAAUUGGGCUCAGGAGUGAAAAUGCAGGUGAACAUGGCAUCUUCAUCAGACAAGUACAGCCCGGGAGCAUUGCGGACAGGGAUGGGAGGUUGAAGGAAAAUGACCAGAUCCUUGCAAUCGGUGGCACUCCCCUGGACCAAAACAUUUCUCACCAGCAGGCCAUCGGGCUGCUCCAGCAAUCCAUAGGGAGUGUGCAGUUAGAGGUGGCUCGGGAACCCGUGGCCAGAAGCAAUGGGCCAUCUCCCUUCCUCUCUGAUUUAGUGGAACAUACUCAGCAGGUCCAGUGGGGGCACGUGGAGGAGAUUGAGUUGGUGAAUGAUGGAUCAGGGCUGGGAUUUGGAAUAGUGGGAGGCAAGUCGACCGGAGUGGUUGUGAGGACUGUUGUCCCCGGGAGUCUGGCAGAUCGGGAUGGGCGGUUGCGGACUGGGGAUCACAUCCUGCGUAUCGGAGGGACGGAUGUUCAGGGGCUGGCCAGUGACCAGGUGGUGCAGGUGCUCCAGAGCUGUGGGAACAACGUGCGCAUGGUGAUCGCACGGGAGCCCGUCGGCAGUGCUUCAAUCAGACCUCCAGCCCCUGCCCUGCCUCCCGUUCACAGCCGCAUGGUGAUUGCGCCGGAGCCCGUCGGCAGUGCUUUGAUCAGACCUCCAGCCCCUGCCCUGCCUCCCAUUCACAGCAAGGGAACCAGAGCGUUAAUCCUUGAGGGGUAUGAUGUCUAUGAUGUUGACCUGAAGAAGGAGGCAGGACAAAGCCUGGGGAUCACCAUUGUUGGAUACGUUGGCACAACCACCGGAGACUCUUCUGGGAUUUUUGUGAAAAACAUCAUCCCAGGGAGUGCAGCAGAACAGAGCGGUCGCAUACAAGUUCAGGACAAGAUCAUUGCUGUUCAAGGGUUGAACAUGCAAGGGCUGACAAACCAGCAAGUUGUGGAGGUUUUGAGGAACACUGGACAGACUGUGAACCUAACCUUGGCCAGGAAGAAGCCCAUGCACAGCCUGGUUCCUGUUGAACGAUCACUGGAUAAAGUGCACAGAGAGCCGUCCAGGGUGUCCCUCAAAAGGACAGCAGAGAUCAGAGCGAAAACCGACAGCCAGAAACAAACUGGGUUUGAGAUCAUGGAUAACGCUGUCAAUGAAAUGAAGCUGAAUUUAACAAAAGGGACAGACCCAAACCCUCCUUCGCUGGAUGAAUUAAGAACCAAAUGGGAAAGCUCUCUGGGGCCGGAUUAUGAAGUCAUGGUCGUUAAGCUGGACACCAUAAUUGCAGAUGAUGCAGAGUUGCAGAAAUAUUCCAAGCUGCUGCCGAUACACACCAUGCGCCUGGGAGUGGAGCUGGACUCCUUUGAUGGGCACCACUACAUUUCCACUGUGGCACCAGAUGGGCCGGUCGCUAAGCAUGGAUUAUUGAAGCCUGAGGACGAGCUUUUGGAGGUAAACGGUGUGCAGAUGUAUGGGAAGUCCCGUCGUGAAGCAGUGUCGUUCCUGAAGGAGGUCCCCCCUCCUUUCACUCUGGUGUGCUGCCGGCAGCAGAACGAGGAGGACAGAGAGUUGGCCUUGGAGGAAAAGGUGGAUGGAAUCCCAGAGGAGGAGGAGGAGGAGGAGGAGGAGGAGGAGCAGCAGGAGGAGGAGGAGGAGGAGGAGGAGGAGGGGGAGGGAGAAGGUGGGGAGCUGGCUCUCUGGUCACCGGAGGUCAAUGUGGUGGAACUGGAAAAGGGCUCCCAAAGCCUGGGCUUCAGCAUUCUCGAUUAUCAGGAUCCCUUAGAUCUGACACGCACUGUGAUAGUGAUCCGCUCCUUGGUGGCUGGUGGAGUGGCUGAGAGCAGUGGAGGCCUUCUCCCAGGGGACCGGCUGGUCUUUGUGAAUGAUAAAUACCUGGAUGAUUGUAACCUGGCCCAGGCCGUGGAGGUUCUGAAGUCUGUGCCGCCUGGCAGGGUCUUCCUGGGGAUAUGCAAGCCAUUGGUGCCUGAGAUGGAGGAAGUAGAGAAAGCAGACCUCACACACACAAGCCCCCAGAGGGAAGUGUCCAUAGAGAAAGAGCAAGCCGUCGACCCUGAUCUAGUCACUGCAGUGCUCCCAGCACCACAGGGAUUUGACGACGAAUCCUUUUUCCAAGAGGAGUUUGUGGACGAGCCGCAGGCAGCCCCGGGAAUUCUCUUCACGUUCCCCCAGACUCAAAGCAGCAAGGAUAACGGCAUGGAACUGCAGAAGAUGAAGCCACUGGAAAGGGAGAUGAUGGUGGAUGAAGAGUAUGAGGGAGAGAUGUCCGGGUUCGACUCUAUACAGAAAUACCUGCAGGAGGCGUGGGCCCAUGUGCAGCCGCUCCACAGCACCGAUGACUGGGAGGAGCUGGUGGAUUCUGUAGACCCUCCUCCAACCUACAGCAGCUUUCACAGAGAGAAUGAAGAUUUGAGAGUCAUUUCUAAGCCCAGCCCUGAAUUUGGAUAUCACAUGGAGAAUGACUCUGAGCACUCAGGGCUACUUGUGCAAAGUGCUGACUCUGAGGAGUGGCCAGGCACAGAGAGACUCCUGGAGGAGCAGGAGGAGGAGGAAGGGGAGCCCGUUGAUGCUGUGGACGAGGAACCCGCCCAGCCCCAGGCCUUACAGGCCAGACACCUCACUGAGGACACAGUCACUGAGUUACCUGUUUUGCCUGUCAAGGAUGUGGACAAGCACAGUCGGAGCCAGGUGGCGACUAUUGCAGCUCAUACUGCGCCGCAGAUCAAGACUCCAGCCAGUGACCUGCCUGAGAGAGAAGAAGGCGAAGGAGAGGAGACUCCAGCCUUUAGCCAUUGGGGGCCUGCAAGAAGAGUGGAGGUCUGGCACGAGCUCUCAGAGUCUCUUGGAAUCAGCAUCGUCGGAGGCAGGGCCGUGAUCAAAAGGCUGAAGAACGGGGAGGAGCUGAAGGGCAUCUUCAUCAAACAGGUCCUGGACGACAGCCCUGCUGGCCGGACAGGAGCACUCAAAACUGGAGACAAGAUACUCGAGGUUUCCGGAGUAACCCUGCAGAAUGCAAGCCAUGCAGAUGCUGUGCUGGCCAUUAAAAACGGGGGCAAUCCUGUCGUCUUCAUGGUUCAGAGCCUUUCUUCUGCCCCCAGGCCGGUAUCAGUGAUGGCUCCCAAUCCCAACAACCAACCGAAAACAAACACACAAGCUGUGAAGGUACAGACACCUGCCACAGGAGGAGCCCCUCCCCCAAUGAGACUCCCCCCUCCGUACAAAGAGCCGACUGCACCUGCACUGCUGGGGCAGGACGGGGCCAGUGAGGGGGGUGAGCAUGACUCUGAGUGGGAGAAGAUCAGGCAGAGGUACGGGGAUCUGCCAGGGGAGCUGCACAUGAUUGAGAUGGAGAAGGACCAGCAUGGGCUGGGGCUGAGCCUUGCUGGGAACCGGGACCGCUCCCGAAUGAGUGUCUUUGUGGUGGGGGUGAACCCUGAGGGGCCGGCCGGGAGAGACAGCUGCCUCCACGUCGGGGACGAGCUGCUCGAGAUAAACAAUCAGAUUCUGUAUGGGAGAAGCCACCAGCAUGCAUCCUCCAUCAUCAAGAGUGCUGCUCCCAAAGUCAAUCUCGUCUUUAUCAGGAAUGAAGAUGCUGUCAAUCAGAUGGCGGUACCCCCCUUCCCAGGAUCCUCUGGUUCUCUCUCUUCAACAGAGUCUUGUUUGUUUUCAUCUACUGAAAUCGUGGUAUCCCUAGCAACAGAGGAAUUCUCAGAGAAGAGGAACAGCCCCAGUGUGGCUUUCACUCAGGACCGGAACAGUGAAGAGGAUUCAGGGAGUGAUGUUCUGCUGAAAAGCCUCAGUGAUGGAGAGGCAACAGCAAAGAAGGUCAAAUCAGCAGACAAAAGCAUGAUAGUGGAGAGUGAGAGUGCUGUGAUCCAACUCCCCGAGCAGGCCUCCAGCCUUCCAAAACCAUCAAAGACCUCAGCUAAACUGACUCUGGACAGGAAUACUGCACCCCCUGCUGUCUCACAGCCUUCCUGCACUACACCUGACUUGGAGUACUGUGGCCGCAUGGAUCCAGCGACGUGCCCUAUUGUCCCGGGGCAGGAGACUGUUAUUGACAUUUCCAAAGGCUGUUCUGGACUGGGUCUCAGUAUUGUGGGUGGAAGAGACACACAGCUGGAUGCCAUUGUUAUCCACGAGGUGUAUGAGGAGGGGGCUGCGGCUCGUGACGGCAGACUCUGGGCAGGAGACCAGAUCCUACAGGUGAACGGUGUGGACCUGCGCAGUGUGACUCACGAGGAUGCCAUCGCAGCGCUGCGGCAGACCCCACAGCAGGUGCAGCUCACGGUGUACCGAGACGAGGCACAGUACAAGGACGAGGAGAACCUGGACGUGUUCCUCCUGGAGCUGCACAAGAAGACAGGCCGGGGGCUGGGCCUCAGUAUCGUGGGCAAGCGCAAUGGGACGGGGGUAUUCAUCUCAGACGUGGUGAAGGGAGGUGCUGCUGACCUAGACGGGAGGCUGAUGCAGGGAGAUCAGAUCCUCUCUGUCAAUGGGGAGGACAUGAGGACUGCUUCUCAGGAGACUGUUGCAGCAAUACUGAAGUGUGCAAAGGGCUUGGUCUCGCUGCAGCUGGGCAGACUGAAAGCUGCUUCAUGGAUUUCUUCAAGACGGACAUCUCAAGGGAGUCAGCUGAGCCAUGUGAGUGCUACCAGUAACACUUCGCAGUGUGGAUCAGUCCCCAGCAGCUCUCAGUCCCUCCGUAGUGCACAGCAAUCCGCUGCCGAUGCUCCAGACAGGAACUCAGGACCUGACACUGGGCUGAGAACGGUGGAGAUAACACGGGGCCCCACAGAUGCUCUGGGGAUCAGUAUCGCGGGUGGGAAGGGCAGUCCACUGGGAGACAUUCCCAUCUUCAUCGCUAUGAUCCAGGCCAGCGGAGUGGCCGCGCGGACACACAGGCUUAAGGUGGGUGACCGGAUCGUCAGUUUAAACGGGCAGUCUCUGGACGGCCUGACACACAGGGAGAUGGUUAAUCUGCUGAAGAAUGCCUUCGGAAGCAUCACACUGCAGGUGAUAGCUGACACCAACAUCAGUGCCAUAGCCAGCCAGCUGGAGAGCAUGUCUGCUGGGUCUAACUUGAGCAGCACCCCUGACAUCCACACGGAGGAUCCAGAAACCUCUCAGCCCAAGAGGAUUGCCCUGGAGAAGGGCUCAGAAGGUCUGGGGUUCAGCAUCGUGGGAGGAUACGGGAGUCCCCAUGGAGACCUGCCCAUAUACGUCAAGACUGUCUUUGGCAAGGGGGCAGCGGCAGACGACGGAAGAUUGAAGCGUGGGGAUCAGAUUCUGUCGGUGAAUGGAGAGAGUUUGGAAGGAGUCACCCACGAGCAGGCAGUCGCCAUCCUAAAAAGACAGAAGGGAUCAGUGACUCUGAUGGUCUUAUCCUAACCAACCCCACCUCUGCCACAACCCUAACCCUUAUCCUAACCAUCUGCCACUACCAGAACCCUAAUCCUAACCCUCUGCCAUUAGCAUAGAUGGUACAGUUAUCAUGGAAUUUAGAAUCCAUUUAGUUUAGAGAUACACAGGCUUUCCUCAAUGUGCAGGCUCGUAUUACAACAAGCAGUGUUCUGGGUGCUUCUCUGUUUUUACUACAUCCAUCACAGACUUCACUACUGCUUAAAGUAUGCAUUAGGCUGCACAAACAUGUAAUGCUAUUUUUAGUGAAAAUUCAACCCCUAUUUUAGUAUCUUGAUUUAAAUACACAAAUUGCUAUUCACUGCAAUGGUACACAUUUUCUGAAUGGGAAACCAGUGAGUACCCUGAAAAGAGGUGUAAAAACAUACAUUAUUUACAGGAUUUGAAGGUUUUACUGAAAUGUAGUCUGUCAUUUGUAGAUACUCCCUUACACUUGCUGGUCCUGUUUGAAAUUUGGAGACGCCUCCUUGAUACCCCUCUUGUUACACCCCUAGCAACCGGACUGAUUCAUUAACACUAGUACCGCUCCGGGGCACAGCAGAAAGGAAUAUCCACUAGAAACUGUCAUCAGGGCAUCAGAUGAUUCUAGGGCAUUUGUCCAGCACUCCCACCUUUCACCUCCCGAGCUCGGCACCUCUCCAACAUCAACUAGCCCUGACCCUAACCCAACCCCAACCCCAACCUUUCUCACCUUCAAUCCUAACCCUAACCCAAUCGCUAUCCCUAAACCUAACCCCUUUUAGAAUCAUCUGAUGCCCUGGUGACAGUUUCUAGUAGAUAUUCCUUUGUGUGCUGCCUCCCAGGCCUAGUAAAAUAUAGUUCUGCAAAUAGAAAUGGAUUCCAAAGACCUGUGUGAGGAACAACAUUGAAUUGUUUCACCUAUGCUGAUAAGAAUUACCCACUGUUUUAAAGGGGAUCUGUUAGAAAUACAACUGUUCUGAUUGGGUGAUCAUUGGCAUUCAUCUUUUUAAAAGGGGAUUUAAAAAUCCUGAAAGGAUGACUGAGCUGAUAUUGAACUUGCUGGAGCUUCCAUGGGGUAUUUUACAAAUGGAAUUCCUAAACAUACAAUACAAACUGUCAUUACCAAGAGGCUGUUGCUUUAUGUAUGUAGUUACUACAUUAAGCCAUUGCACUGUCAGUACUAGUGUGUUUGUCACUGUGGAAUAUUGGGUGCAGCACUAACAAAAUAGUUACACAAAAUGUCUCUGCCAUGCACAUCUAUUCAUUUCAUAGGUCUCAAAUGUGCAGUUUGGAAAGAAACACAUGUUAUAGCAAACCCUUUCACUGUCUUCUUUCCUGUCAAUAACCAAUCAGUACUUCCCCUAUUAACUGAAAUGCUUUCAGACACUGCUGAGGUGAAAUAACCCAGAGAGUACAAGUGCAAACAGAUAACUGCAGAAAAAGGCACAGAAACGCAGAGUUUUGUUUUAAGCUAAAGUAGUGCCAGAUAUCAUGUUUAGAAAUGUACAUACAUGUCUGCUGUAGCAUGUGGUUAUUUUACAACUGCACGUUUAAGACAUGUGUAGCGAAUGGAAUGAAGAUUUCUGGAAUGAUUGUUAGUUGCAAUUACUUUAAAUUUGCCCUGAUGGCUGAAAUGAGGAGUGGGAGGGGAUAGUACCGAGGGGGGCUUAUAACCAGUAUUAAAAUGUAGUGGUGAUUUUAUAAUUUACUGUUUUAUUCUAAGACUGACAUUCCUAGCUUGCCAAGAAACUUUUAAAAAGUUGUAUUUCUAGCUGACAUCUUUAUCUAGUGUUUUGCCUCUACCCUGAUUAGCAGGUUGGGCUCAGUCUUCAUUUCCACAUGUGAAUGACAUGGCUGAUCGCUCUUUGAUUUUUUGCUCAUACUGGACCAGAACAGUUGCCCAUGGCAGCUCUUCAGUUGAAGGGAAGUCUUGCUGUAUCAGUGGGGUAGACAUUCAAGAAAUGGGUGAGACCCCUCAGUACUUUUUCAAUAAUUCAAAGUGGAAAUUAAGACUGAAUAUUGAUUGGUUUUGAGGUUUCUUAAGAAAGUUUGCACUAGGUUGGCUAAGAAUAAAAUAUUUUUAUAGUAUAUUGCCUCUAUUCCACAUAUCACUGGGAAAGUGGUAGAAAAAUCUGUCAUUUUAGUUCCUUCAUGUUAUGAUAUUUAAUCAGCUGUUUGUAAUCUUUACAAUUAACCAACACAAACAAAUACAAGAUCAGAUCAGAUACUUCUAUGUAAAAUUCAAUACAAAUUACAUAUAUGCUAAAUAUUCUAAAUCUCAUUGUAGUGAAUCUAUUUCUGUUAGUUUGAGCGCUUGAUCAACAUUUCAGUAAGUGUAAAAAAAAAUAAUGCCAGAGCACUGCUGAAAAAUGUACUGUCUGUUAAAAAGUACUGUCUGUUAGAAAAUCCAUAUCAGAGUGUGUUAUUCCAGAGGCUUCACAUUUCCACAUACACAUUGUGGAUUAGAAAUAGUGUUUAUGUUCCUGAAGUGACUUUUCUGAAAUGUACAUUACUUAACUGUGGACUACAUAAUUCCAGCUCUCAAUCAGAAACAACUGCAGAACAUUGUGAAUAAAACAUUGUGAAUAAAACAUUGUGAAUAAAACAUUGACAAAUCAAA